AUGUCACACACAGCUGCUAACUGAACCUACGCACCAUGUCAGGAAGAGGAAAGACCGGAGCCGGGAAAGCCAGAGCCAAGGCCAAGACCCGCUCGUCCCGCGCCGGGCUCCAGUUCCCCGUGGGCCGCGUGCACAGGCACCUGAGGAAGGGUAACUACGCGCAGCGUGUCGGCGCCGGGGCUCCGGUGUACCUGGCGGCGGUGCUCGAGUACCUGACCGCUGAGAUCCUGGAGCUGGCCGGAAACGCCGCCCGCGACAACAAGAAGACCCGCAUCAUCCCGCGUCACCUGCAGCUGGCUGUCCGCAACGACGAGGAGCUCAACAAGCUGCUGGGCGGAGUGACCAUCGCUCAGGGCGGCGUGCUGCCCAACAUCCAGGCGGUGCUGCUGCCCAAGAAGACCGAGAAGCCCGCCAAGAGCAAGUAGAGCUCCGCGCCGCUCCCGGAGAACCCAACGGCUCUUUUAAGAGCCACCCAAGUCCCUCAAAGAGACGGAUCCUUCAACCAUAAUUUAGUCAGCUAAUGUUGAGCAAAGCAAGGUUAUCGUAAUUGCAUAAAAAAAAGCCUAAUGACCACUUACACACUACGGUUGAUUUCAUCACGUACAAUGCUAUUGUAUCUGAUCUGAAUUAUCCAUGUGUGGAACCAGACAUAAUAUACUAUAUAUAGACAUAAUAUACUAUGUAUAUUCUGACAUAAUAUAGACAUAAUAUACUAUGUUUAUUAUGUCUAUGUGUGGAAGUAAAUGAGGUGCUAUAAGCGCCAUUUAUUUUGCAUCAACCGGAAACGCUCGCGCUUACACAUUGUAGCUUUAGGCGCCCUGAAAAAGCGAGCCGGGCUGUUUGUUCUUCAAUUACGUCCGCGAACAUCGCCGCUCGCGAUUUAUUGUCACGCCCCUCUAAAGAUGUCAAUAAUAUCCUAAAUGUUUAUACAAUUGGUCAGUAAUAAGGAAGUUGCCGCAACACAAUUUUCACUCCUGCACGUUUUACACUCGCAGCCAUUGUGGAGCCUCAGUGCCGACAGCGAUCGACGUGUAUGAACGUCGCUGGUCGCAGGUCUGAGUGCGUGGCGGUGGACUUUAUAUAGACGCAGUACGGAGCCCGAUCAUUGGAUGGUACUUAAUGAAUACGGAUUGGGAUCAAUAGACGCAUCACUUUCCCCGAGGGACAAAAGCAGCUGUGAAAUGGGGUUCUACGUGUUAAACCCCCCACAUGCAAAUGAGGCUGCGCUGUCCCUCCUCUGCCAUUGGCUGAUCGUGGGCACGUGAACUCUCAGGCCUACAUUUUUAUAUUGUAUAUAUUCACCACAUGCAGCCACUUGUUUUUCAUGUUGUGGUUCAUUGAUAAUAACUUAUUAUUUACAGUAAAGUUUAAUUACAGAACUCUGUACGGAAUGAACUGAACACAAUACGUUUUUCAGCUUUUUUAUGGUUAAAAGACAACGUUGUCAAGUGGAUGUAUUCCAUUGAUUUAUUAAUCUUUCAACACUAAACACAAAGCUAAACUACACAAAAAAGUAAACUAAACCUAAACUGAAAAAUAAAACUGCUUUUUUUUUAGACUUUCCUUUAUUAUUUCCAUCUCCAUCAUCUGGAGAAACUCAAGCACCAACAAACACGUCUGAGUAUGUUCCAGUUUAUUUCAUAACUCGUCUGCAUAUAUUAUCAACAGUUUAACAAACAGGAUUUCUUUUUUCUGUUAAAAACACAACGUAACAUUGACGGGAUGAGGUUUAACAUGUGAAACACUUAAACCACGUCUACACGGAAACUUUUGGCUUAUUGAGACCAAUUUGGCAGCGUUUGUUUUGGGGCGUCAGUAGAAGGUUGAUGGAGGGAGGCAGCUUCACGGGAGACGCACAGGCAGCAAAGACCGAGAGGACGAGGAGGACGAGGAGGACCUCCAGUACCGUUAUCAGAACACAACGUCCUCCGGGGGAGACGAGGUGUUCGAUCAAAACCAUGCAAUUACAAAUAAAAGAUAUCAAACAGAAAAAUGCGCCUACAAACGAGUGUUUAAAAGAAGACGUUUGGUUCGACUGGAAAAAGGACGCCGAGCUUCAGUUUGUGCCUCUGAAGGGAUCAGACUUCAUAUUUGAGGGUUUUUAUCAAAAGCGUUCUCCUCUCACCACGGUCCAUCUACAGAACCCUCUCAGUCCUGGUCCUGGUCCUGCCGGGGGUCCUGUCCCUCCAGCGGGUCCAGCAACACAUUGCGGGUCUCCAGAGAGGCGAAGCUCUGCUCCUGCAGGAGGAUGUUGUUCUGGAGCUGAGUCCUCCUCCCUCCAGAACCCCAACUAUGCCGAGAUGGACCCUCUACUCUGUGAUGGACUUGUGUCCUGUUGAAGGUCACAUAGAGGACCAGGACCAAAAUGAGCCUGAUUCAUAUAGUGGAUCAGGACUAAAGUGAGACUGGUUCGUAUAGUGGAUCAGGACUAAAGUGAGACUGGUUCGCAUAGUGGAUCGGGACUAAAGUGAGACUGGUUCAUAUAAAGGACCAGGACUACACUGAGCCUGGAUCAUAUAGAGGCCCAGGACUAAAAUAAGACUGGUUCAUAUAGUGGAUCAGGACUAAAGUGAUACUGGUUCACAUAGAGGACCAGGACUAAAGUGAUACUGGUUCACAUAGAGGACCAGGACUAAAGUGAUACUGGUUCAUAUAAAGGACCAGGACUACACUGAGCCUGGAUCAUAUAGAGGCCCAGGACUAAAAUAAGACUGGUUCAUAUAGUGGAUCAGGACUAAAGUGAUACUGGUUCACAUAGAGGACCAGGACUAAAAUGAGACUGGUUCACAUAGAGGACCAGGACUAGACAGAGACAGAUCCAGGACCAGUUCAAAGUUCCUUAAUGAAAGGUAGUCCAUUGUUAAAAGGUGGAUUCCCGUAGAAGGCACAAACCGGGCCGGCGAGGAGUUCUGAGCUCUGUCUCGGUGCCUAUGUGAGGAACUUGGACAGUAAUGGAGGACGUUUGUAGGGUUUCAGGGACACGGCUGGACGUCUCUGAUCUACACAGUACAAGGAUAGCAGCUUUAAGGGUCCACAAGAACAUUUCACCACAGCAGAAAACAGGACAAUAAAACAGGAAACACUGCAAACGCUCAAAUAGAUGCCCGCGUGCGUCUCUAGAGAGAGGAACGUCUUUAAUGGUUCUAAAAGUGAUAUCGUAUUUCAGUCAGAACUAUUCUCUUGUUCUCCUUGUUACCUUGUUUUUCCUCUUUUGCCCUUUCACAUUAAAACCCUCAUGACCAGGAUCGCUUCACUUCCGUUAGAAGGCUUUUAUUGUGAAACCUGAGUCUCAUCUCACCUCUCAAUAUCUAGACGAUAUCUGAUAUUUCCAUUAUUUCCUCAUGAGUUUGUGAACAACAGCAAACGUAAAUGGACCAGAAGUACUGGAGAAAUGUUGGACUGAAGAAGAUCUGCGACUGUUCCGGCGCCGACGCUUCAUGGGGAAGGAAAUGUUUAUUUAUGUGCAUAGUAGACUGUUUGAUUUGACACACAGAUGAUGUUUCUGAAUUAAAAGGAAAAUAUCACACAUCAA